ACUGCACCACUACCCUUGCUCUGAUCAAGCUCCAAUGUGGGACCCUUGCUGCACACUGGCUCUUUCUGACUAGAACCCAUUGGAUGUUGCUGAGGCUCUCUGCUUAAUGAACGUCCACUACACGUGAUGACUGCAAACUGGUGUAUCUGCAGAAGCCUGUGACCCAUGGAAUGUACUACACUUCAUUUGACUGGCUGAGUGUCUUUGAAAACCCUUCUCAUUUUCAGAGAAGUAGAAUUGGCUUCAAAAGUCGGACGGCAAUCUAAUUCUGAAAGCGUUCAAAGCCAUCCCACCACCUCAGCUGUUUUCAUCACAUAACAAGCUGAUUUAAACCGAUUCAGAUACCAACUUGUCCAGUUUUGCUGUAAAGAUGAUUGACUUAAGUUACCUAACUGAAGAGGAGCAGGAGAAGAUCAUGAGUGUACUCCAGAGAGAUGGAGAUCUGAAGAGAGCAGAGGAGAAAAGAAUUAGGAGACUGAAGCAAUCAAUUGAAGAUGAAAAUCAACUGAAAUAUAUGACUGGGGAGUGGUUCUACAAAGCCAAGUCAAAGAGACACGCAGACACAAUCCAUGGAGCUGAAUUGAUUCGAGCAUCAAUGCGAAAGAAGAAACCCAUGACUAUUUAUGAACGAAUCCAGGCCAAAGAAUUGAAGGAGAAAACUAAGAGCUUUAUGAACAAUGUUGGAAACAGUAUCUAUGCAACCCCUGCACUUUCUGUACUCCUGAAAGAAGAGCGUGAGGAGGAGCUAGAAAUGGAGAAAUCUCUAGCAAGUGAAGCGUCCAACUUGAACAAAGCAGUGCCUGAACAGCCACGACAGAAACAAAAACAUUCCUCGGCAUCAUCACCAAAGCAGAGGGAGAAUCCAUUCAACAAAUCUUCACUUCUGGUGGAUGAUAAUCCAAAUGGAGGACAGAAGCCAUUGUUAUCGGCAAGCAUACUGCCAGGAUCUGAGACUCCUGCAAGGGAGUGGUUAUCUCAACAAAAGGAUGUUUCCAGGUUACAUUUACCCUCAAAUGAAUUUCUUGAAAGUAAGUCACAAUUACCUGCAAAGGCUUCUAGUGAAUCAGAAAUGCAACCAGUUCCCAAACCAAGAACAGUUUAUUAUAAUUGUGAGGUCAUUCCUCAUAGUAACCACAAUAACACUACUCCCUCUCCCAAGAAUGAGACUGAUGUUAACAACAGUCCUACAAUCCGUAAAAGUAUCCUGAAGGGAAGCCAGAGUUCAAGCUUCAAUGAUUCUGAAAGUCCACCUGUCAGUGUUCAGGAUUCUAAAGGCAAGAUCCAAGCUUCUCCCAAAACCAGUCCAGUGGUAUCAGCAGAUCUGAAUCAAUCAUUGAAGGAAGAAGAAUCACUUGAACUCUACACGCUUGAAAAGUCAAAGCAAGUCAGGUUCUCAACAAAUGUGGAUGAAAGGAGGAUUUCUGAGACACUGGAGCCCUUUGAUUUGAAGGAAAUGUAUGGAAUGGGGGAAGAUGCUCUUCUCGACAAAGAUCUUCUAGAAGCUGAUGAUGUAGGGGAAGAAGUAGAAGAAGAAAAAGAUGAAGAAUAUGAAGCUAGCAUGGACAAUGCAAUUAAAUAUAUUGAGGAAAAUGACAGACUUGAUAAGCCCAGGAUACUUUCACAUGCAGAUUUGUCUUCUCCCUUACAAAUAUACCCAAACCAAGAUAAAGAUGGUAUUGUGUCCACCUCAGACUUGCAGUUCAUUCCAGUAACACUAGAUUCAAAUCAAUCAGAAUGGAAAGAAAUUGGCGCAUUGUAUAGUUUACCAGGGUACGAUUCCAGUAGGUUAACAAACCAAGUGUGUGAUUUGGACACAGGUGAGAUACUGAGCGAGAAAGAUGCCAGCAAAAGAACUGAUCCGGCCUUUGAUUCGCCUUCCACUUUUGGUAAGCAGAUACUUCAUUAUGAGAUUGAAUCCCCUCAGGUGUCUGAUCUACAGCCUACAGAAGUAUUUCAAGGACAUACUCCAGUUACAGAGGAAAAUGACAUCCCAAAGAAGAGAGUGACCAGUGUUGAGCCAUUAGAUAGCAGGAUCCAACGUAAUCUGAAUCCAACAGACCUGUCUCAUCAGGAAAAGAAAAUAUCACCCAACACAAGUGAUAACAAUUCUGAGUAUGAUGAGGAAGAAAUGGCAAUGGAUGUGGAUAAGAAAGGCCUUGAACUGCAAGAUACGUUUCAGGCUGGGCUGAAUCUUCCAUCUGGAGUUAGAAAGACGAGUACCUUCAAGGAAAGUGACCUUGACUCUUUGAGAAAACCCUCAGAAGUGAUGGAGUCCAUAAUGCCUUAUUACUCUUUACAAGAGGAAUUACCUAAAGCCACACUUCCAACUGAUUCAGGAAGAGGUGACCAGUCAAGUUCAGAAACCUGGAAAAAUUCUCCCACAGGUGCAGAAAUGGCUGCUUUGAAAAGAAGAGAGUCACGUACAUCUGAAACCUCCAGAAGUCUGCAGGAUAUCUAUUCAACUAUAUCACAACCAAGAAACUUAGAUCCUGCAAAAAACGAAAUGGUUCUCAGCACCAAUGAUGUUUCCAAAUUUCCACCAUCCUCACAACGCCAGUCUUUAAAAUCAGACAAGAUGAAGCGUUUGAGCAAGUCAGAACAGGUACUUCCAGAGAAUGGUGUUGAUACGGAUUCGAUAUCAGGCAGCAGCAUCCAGAUGGAUGGGCACAGAAAGAGUCUUGGCUCUCUAACAAUCAAUAGCAACUCCUCUGGCAUGGCAUCCUUAUCCUCCCAGAUUGGUGGGAGUGUCAUGAGCAUCUACAGUGGUGACUUCAGAAAUGAUGUCAAAGGCAGACUUCAGUUUUCACUGGAUUAUAUAGACAAGCUGAACGAGUUCCAUAUCUUUGUGGUCCGGUGCUCAGAUCUAGCUGCUGCUGAAGAGAAGAAAAAUCGAUCUGACCCAUACGUUAAAACUUACCUACUUCAAGAAAAGAUUAAGUUGGGUAAGAAGAAGACAUCUGUGAAAAAGAAAACCCUGAAUCCAGUCUACAAUGAAAUACUACGGUAUAAAGUUGAGAAAAGCAUUCUGAUGGCUCAGAUCUUGAACCUUUCUGUCUGGCACAAUGACAGAUUUGGGCAUAACAGUUUUCUCGGUGAAGUGGAAAUAGAAAUGAAAGCGUGGGACUGGAAGAACAAGAAAAUGGAGUGGUACGACUUGAAACCAAGGACAUCUUCCGCUAACAGCCUAGAUAACAGAGGAAAUCUAAAAGUGGCUCUCCGUCAUAUUCCUAAAGGAUCUCAAGGAAAUAAAACUGGAGAGGUGCACAUUUGGGUGAAGGAAGCCAUCAAUUUACCCCAGAUUAGGAAGAGCGGUGUGGAUCCAUUUGUUAAAUGCUUUAUACUACCAGACACUAGCAGAAAGAGCCGUCAGAAGACUCGGGUUGUGAAGAAAAACCCAAAUCCCAAGUUCAAUCACACAAUGGUUUACGAUGGCUUGAGGCCUGAUGAUCUGAAGGAUGCAUGUAUUGAACUUUCAGUUUGGGAUCAUGACAAGUUGGUGAAUCAUUUCCUGGGAGGACUAAGGAUUGGCCUUGGCAAAGGUAAAAGUUAUGGAAUUCCAGUGGAUUGGAUGGAUUCAACAGAGGAAGAAGCGUUUUUAUGGAAUAAGAUGUUAAUGGAACCUAAUGUAUGGGUAGAAAAUAUGCUUCCUUUGAGAAUGAUAAUGCUCAGCAAAAUGUCAGGAAAAUAAACAAAUCAUCUAACUACGGCAAUACAAACCAAAAGUAAUUGUUUUAUAAAUUGGGGCACCAAACACCAUUUGUGUCUGCACAAUGGAUCUGAUAAUGUGGAGCAUCUUGACUUUUAUUUUGGAUUAUCUUUAUUAAACUAAAAUGAAUGUGUGAGGCACAGUUUGUUCAAGGAAGACUAUUUUUCUGUGGCUAUGUUAAAGUGCAUUCCACAAUGUUAGGAUAUUACACUGCAUUCCACAAUAUUAGCAUAUUUGUACUUAAAUCUGAGUAAUGCAUUUAUACUUAAAUUUUGGAGAUGGAAAUAUUUUUUCAGCCUAUAUUGAUAUCAAUUUAUUAUUUUCCAUUUUUACAUUGCAACUUGAUUAGUGACAGAAAAAGCUUUUACUUUGUGUAUAAUACAAACUCUAACUGCAAUUUUUAAACAGGAAAAAUAUGUGGAAAAGUUUUUAUGUUGAAGCACUUAGCAAACAAUAUGUGUGUAAUAAAGUUUUAAAACCUGUAUGAGUUUAAAAAGAAGUUGAGGACUAUUUCAAAUGAAUAAGGAAAUUGGAAACUUUCUUAUCCUUUUAACAAUUCCAUAUAUAUCACAGCUGAAUGUGCAUGACCUAAACUGGGCUACAGCAAUAUGUGUAAUAAAGAGACAAAGCUAUCAA